UAAUCCCUACAUCAGGACCCGUCAUCUUCUUUUGUAUCGCUCGUUUUAUGAUCAUUAGAGUUAAUGAGGUAAAAUUGAACGAAUAAAUUUCAAUCUAUUUCAGACAAAAGCUUGUCGCUCGCUCACAGCCGCCGCGGGUUUUACUCGUGAAGAUCAGAGAACACAUCACGCUGGAGAUCUUGGGUCGGGAUCCGGCAAAAGUCGGGAUAUCUGGAGAUGUCCUUUCCUUAAGCCCCGUAUUGUCUUCAAGGUACUACGUGCCGUUGGCAUUUGUCUUAUGAAGUCUUAAUUUUGUAAGAGAAUCGAUUGACGAGUUAUUAAUUAACACCUUUAAGUUCCGUGCUAUCUCGAUCAAACCUUUCAAUACCAGAGACGAAGCUCUGCAAGAGAAGUGUGGAUCUCUGGGUGACCGUAUUUGAUGUCGUCUGAGGAGUUUAAACAGAGCUCAUGACACCACCUGCACGUUACAGCGUAAUCACACUGAUUCUGGAUAAGAUUAAAGUUUAGUUCCGUCAGGACCAAGCUGUGCCUUCACUCCCUGGGCAUUCGUUAAGGAUGGGAUGAUGAUGACGACCAUGACAGCGUGGAUGAUGACGAUUGUCCUCCAUGCAGUGAUCAGCGUGUGCUUGCCCAUCAAUGCCCGGAUGUACGUGCAAGGACUUGUGGCGCCACCUGUUGUUAACGAAACCGUAGUGUCGGGAACGGAAGUGAGGAUUUCGUGGGUGAUCACGGAGAGUAAUUUUACCGCCGCCGCCUUUCGGAUCUACUACGAAGCGUCUGAGCGCCAGGAGAGUGUGACUAGGACCCUCGAUGGUGGCCUCCGGUCCGUGACGCUGCACCACCUCUACCCGGUGACCACCUACAAGUUCUUAAUGGUCACGAUCGCGGAGAGUGGACUCUUCAGUAACGCCAGCGAGUCGGUGGAGUUCACCACCGCCGAUCCAGAGGAGACAGGUCGUGUUCGAGUCGACACAUAUGGCUUACGACCGGAGGAGGUCAUUUUUAUUCUGAUAGUCGUUGCUGUGUGGAUCGUUGCCAUGGUGCUUUUUUACAAACAAUGGGACAGUAUUCGGAUUCUCCAGCCCAACGAACCCCGGUAUAAACACAAUCCGAAAAACCUCGAGAGUAUACGAAUAGUGAAGAGACCACAGGAUAGUGUGAUUUAUAAAAACUACAGCCGGAAGUUGUCUAUCACGAUGGAUGAGAGAGAAAAGCGGCGGUUACAGAGAAUGAACACGGAGCCAGUGCUCCCCAGUGUGUCUCGCUUGAGUGCACUACCCACAAUUCACAUGGAGGAAGCAACGACAGAAAUGUGACGUCAUUUUCUUUUUCGAUAAAUCAUUCAUAUUCUAUGUCGUCAUCUUUUCCGAGGAAGACUUUGUUAUCCAUUGUAAACAGUAAGGGAAAACUGGGUUUUGUCGCCGUUUUUUUUAUCAUUUUGUUCAAAAGUGAUGUUUAGUUUUUGAUCUACAGAGAGAAAUCUGAUGAUUUUAUAUGACAAUUGACGCGUCAGUUCUGUUGGGAUUUUGUAAAUCAUUUACAACUGGCUUGUGUCAAAAGGCAGAUAAAAGGAAAUUUCAUGAAUGGACUCAUAAUUCCUUACAAUGUAAACAAAUAUACACAAGCAUUUGUACGUAGAGAAGGAAUGCAUUUCGUUAUGUCUCUGAACUAUUGCUGAUAUAUUAUUUUUGUACAUUUUCAUUGAAGAUGACUGCGAUUGUCUGAAUUUUCUUUAUUCAUUUUUAUGGUUUUAUGUUCUUUAACGAUCAAGAUAUUGGUGAACCAUGUCCUCUUCCACCCCACCUCUCCAUGGGAUGUGGGGCUAAAAAGGUCUGAUCAUUUUACCCCCUGUUUUUACUUUUGCUGUCUCGAGCAAUGCAAAACCCGAACAUGAUACUGCGACUUCUGCCAUGCAUUUUGCCUCAUAGGAGAAUUUCCUAUCGAUCAAAUGAAGCAGUCAGAUUGGAGCGAGCAAAUCGCGUGCAGGUUUCAAGCUAAUCACCAGCCAAUAUAAUUAUACUGAACGUAAUUAAAUCCACUUGAUCCGUGAUACAUUUAAGUGCAUACUCCUAUGCAGACAUGUACACGCAGUGGCCUGUCCAGGUUAUAAACGCACGAUACUUACCACCAGUAAAACACGAUACUUACCACCAGUAGAAGUGCAAUUAGCCACCAGGAGGUGCAUAUAAAACGUGCAAUGAUGGAGACUCAACAACCCCCCCCCUCUCUCUCUCUCUCUCUCUCUCUCUCUCUCUCUCUCUCGUACGCGUCGCACUAAUUUUUAAAGUGUCAAAUCUUAAAAUUUUGAUAAGAAUAUAUUUCAAGUCUUAUGAGACAUUGUUUCCUGAAGUUGUGUUAGAGAAUUGUAUACAUGUAUGCUUGGUUUUAUUUUUUAACGUUCAAAUUGAUUGUCCAUCGUAUUCAAUUGCAGUGUAAACAUGUAAUGGCAGAAAAUGGAAGUAUUAUUAUAGCCAUUAUUAAUUUGGAUCAUAUACAUGCAACCAUCAUCAAUCAAAGUACCGAAGAACUGACGGGAGUUGAUUUUAUCGAUGUUUAUUUACUUUAAAAUCAAUGAUAUGUUAUUUUGCAUGAGAAGUACAGGUAGUUUAAUCUGUAUUUGAAUUACGCACAUUUUAUAAUAUUAUUAUUUUCGGACUUUUUCGACACAAGAAUGUUGAUAAAACCCCAUAUGAAUUUAAAGAUAGAAUAAAUUCAAUCAAACUAUGUAUCAGUGAUAGAAAUAUUUCUGGAAAAUUUAUGGAUCCAAACAGUAUUGAACCCUCGUCUCGUUCAACCAAACGCUCGGCUGUCGCCGUUAAUCUCCGACAAUCAAGAGAGACUCUCUACUUGUCGGAGAUUUACGGAGACAGCCGAGCGUCGAGUUGAACGAGACUAUAUUGAACUCUGGCGUAAGAAUACAUACAACUAAAAAAAUAUCUAAACUGUUCGUACCAUUUAAAAUCUGACUAUUUUCAAGGUAUUUAUGAAUAAGUUUCCUUGAAAAACAAUGCUUUUGGCAUACAUUAUUUCGAAUUGAUCAAUUAUUCUCAAGAACUAAGUCUUGUCAGCGGCGAUGAUUUGUACUGUGGUCUAAACACUGUUUCACUUUCGGUUUGUCAGAGUAACUGCAUAGGAGAGUUGACUAAAAUCAACUCCCAAAAAGUAAAUGUACGUUUGAUUCCUUUGCUAAGUUCGACAACUCUUUGAGGAUUCCUCUGUGUAAAUUUAGAAUUUUUGGAUUGUAACAUAUAGUGGGAUGGGCUGACAAAAUAUUUCGCCUGCUUUUCAAUGUAAAAACUGACUUCAAAAAGUUUAAACUCCUGUAUUUUGAACAAGUUUUUUUUUGUAGGCAAAUUGUGUUCAUUUAAAAGAAGCUAUUGAUAGAAGUUUAAAUGCAUCCUCAAGCUAUUACGUUACGAGUUUAGGUGUAUUUGUUCAUGAACGUUAAUUUACUUAACGUUUGUGAGGCUAUUGCAUUCCAUAUUGAUUGCCAUCAAAUAUUUUCCUUAUGUUGUGCCUUGUACAUAAAUUACAUAGUUUUCUUCCGUGAAACUCAGAUAAGUAAAUAAUUGAUGAUCACCCAUCAAGAAAUCUACUUUAGAAACCACCAUCUUAAAACGUUAAUCAUCCUAAUUUUUGACACCUUAUCCAAAAUUAAUAAACGACUGUUACAUGCUGAAUACGCUAUUUCAUUUAAUUGUCAUUUUAGUGUUGUAUUUUCCAUUAUCACACGUGGUUAUCACGUGAUCUGUAAAAUGGCGACCGUUCCAAAGUUUUACGUUAUUUGUAUGAAGGGAGAAUUGUAACAUGAAACUGUUGUUAUAAAUAUCAAUAAAUUGUUAUACUUGUCUA